AUGUUCGCUGCCAGGCAAGCAUUCACACAGGCUGGACGCCGCGCCUUUUCGGUCUCGGCCCGCCAGAACUCCAAGGUCGCUGUGCUCGGUGCUGCGGGUGGUAUUGGACAGCCAUUGUCGCUGCUCCUCAAGCUCAACCCAAGGGUUUCCGAGCUUGCUCUCUACGAUAUCCGCCUGGCUCCCGGGGUCGCCGCCGACAUUGGUCACAUCAACACCAAGAGCGAGGUCAAGGGUUACGAUGCUGGUCCUUCUGGUCUCGCAGGUGCCCUCAAGGGCGCUGAGAUUGUUCUCAUCCCUGCCGGUGUUCCCCGCAAGCCUGGCAUGACGCGUGAUGACUUGUUCAACACCAACGCCUCCAUCGUCCGCGAUCUGGCCAAGGCCGCCGCCGAAAACUCCCCUGAUGCCAACAUCUUGAUCAUCUCCAACCCCGUCAACUCGACCGUCCCCAUCACCGCCGAGGUCUUCAAGGCCAAUGGUGUCUACAACCCCAAGCGCCUCUUCGGUGUCACCACCCUCGACGUCGUCCGCGCCUCGUGCUUCAUCUCCCAGCUCAAGAAGACGGACCCCGCCACCGAGAACAUCACGGUCGUCGGUGGUCACUCCGGCGCUACCAUUGUUCCCCUCCUUUCGCAGUCUGGUUACAACCUGUCGGGCGAGCAGCUCGACGCCUACGUCAAGCGCGUCCAGUUUGGCGGUGACGAGGUGGUGCAGGCCAAGGACGGAGCCGGUUCUGCCACUCUCUCCAUGGCCAUGGCUGGUGCCCGCUUCGCCGAGUCGCUCCUCAAGGCUGCUCAGGGCCAGAAGAACGUCAUCGAGCCAACGUUUGUCGACUCGCCCUUGUACAAGGACCAGGGCUGCGAGUACUUUGCGUCCAACGUCGAGCUCGGCCCCAACGGUGUGGAGAAGAUCCACCCCGUUGGCAAGAUCACCGACUACGAGCAGAAGCUCCUCGAUGUGUGCUUGGCGGAUCUUAGCAAGAACAUCAAGAAGGGUGUUGAGUGGGUCAAGCAGAACCCGUAA